AGACUCGUGGUGCGAAGUGGAGCUGACAGCUGAGACCAAGAGAGAGAGAGAGACCGAGAGAGGAGUGGUCACCCACCCAAAUGGAGGCGGCCGCCUCGUCGCCGUCGCCGGAGCAGCCGCUGCUCCGGGCCCCUUCCCCGCCGCCAAAUCCCCGCGCCGGCGCCGGCGCCAGCUCCGGUAGCCCGGCCUCCCCUUCUCCCUCCGCGGCGAGGCCAAGCCGCCUCGCGGCGCUCAUCGGGCGCGCGGCGGGGCGGCGCGGGCCCUCGAUGCUGGUGCGCGAGACGGCGGCGCUGCAGCUGCAGCGGAGGCGCGCGGACUGGGCGCACUCCCGCCCCGUCGUCGCGCUCGAUAUCGCCUGGAACGUUGCCUUCGCCGCCGCCGCGGCCGCCGUGCUCGCGUCCUCGACCGAGGAGAGCCCCGUCAAGCCGCUCCGCCUGUGGCUCGUCGGGUACGCCGCGCAGUGCCUGGUGCACGUCGGGAUCGUCUGCGCCGACACCGGCCGGGGGCCAGCGCGCGCGCGGGGCUCCGCCUCCGACAUCGAGUCCGCGGGCGCAGGGACGGACAGCUCCGACACCGACGGCGAAGAUGACGAAGAGGCGGAAGAGAGGAGCAGUUAUACAAGUCGUUGUGAGUCGAUGAACACGAUGGUAUCGUUUCUGUGGUGGAUCAUUGGAUUCUACUGGAUAGUGUCAGGCGGAGAGGUGCUCGAGCUCGGCGCCCCACGUCUGUAUUGGUUAACUGUUGUGUUUCUAGCCUUUGAUGUGUUUUUUGCUGUGUUUUGUGUUGUUGUGGCCUUCUUUAUUGGGAUUGCACUGUGUUGCUGCUUGCCUUGUGUCAUUGCAAUUCUGUAUGCUCUGGCUGGCCAGGAGGGUGCAUCAGAUGCAGAUAUAAGUGUUCUUCCCAGAUAUAGAUAUUCUGAUCCAAGCGAGAACGGAGAGAAAGGGACAGAUGAGGGAGUGAUGAUCCCUAUCCUAAAUAAUAGUGGAACAUCGACAAGUGAGCGUAUUCUUCUUCGCGAGGAUGCUGAAUGUUGUAUCUGCCUCUCAUCAUACGAAGAUGGAGCAGAGUUAUCUGCUCUCCCCUGCAACCAUCACUUCCAUUGGACAUGUAUUACCAAAUGGCUACGUAUGCAUGCAACAUGUCCACUUUGCAAGUACAACAUUCUCAAAGGCAGUGAUAGUGCAUAACAGACUUAUGCUGACAUAACUUCUACACCCCAGAGCCUGUGUGCAUCAACAUCCGACUCGUGAAGAAUGCGAGUGAAGCUUCUGCAAUGUCUUAGUGAUUCUGAUCUGGUUGUAUGCUGAUUUUUAAGAUCAGUUGUUUUUAAGUGACAAUGAUGUGUGUUUUCCUGAUUAGGAUGUGGUGACAACCUGUAAAUGAAUGAAACCUAACUUACAGUUGGCUUUGCUAAUAUCACCUGUAAAUAUCUUUUGAGUUGUGCUGCUUUUUUGCAUACGGUUUGGUAAUAAAUUCACAAUUUACAAACUUA